AUGGCUUCAAUUGAGCAGGAAGAGCAGCAAUACCUGGCUGAUGUCCAGGCCGUCAAAACAUGGUGGCGGGAUUCGAGAUGGCGUUACACCACAAGGCCGUUCACUGCCGAACAAAUUGUGGCUAAGAGGGGGAAUUUGAAGAUUGAAUAUCCGUCAAAUGUUCAGAGCAAAAAGCUAUGGAAACUCCUGGAGGAACACUUCGCGAUGGUGAAAUACCUCGACACUGUCUACGUCUCCGGCUGGCAGAGUUCUUCCACCGCGUCGUCGACCGAUGAACCUUCCCCCGAUCUUGCCGAUUACCCAAUGAACGGAUUCAGAAGCUGCAACCCCUCAUCAACCUCCACUAUCGACCCCCGGGAUCACGCCUUCGUUGUCGGUUCCACAAAUCCGAAUAUCAAGCCACUCAACGACCUGAUGAUCGCUGCCGAACAAGCCGGCAAGUCCGGGGCCCAGCUUCAGGAAAUUGAGGACAAAUGGAACGCCGAGGCUGGCCUCAAGCUUUUCUCGGAGGCCGUGAUCGACCACAUAAAAGCCGGCUCUGCCUCCAACAAGCAGGCCCUAAUCGACAAAUUCUUGCGUGAUGCACGGGGCAAGAGCAAUGCGGAGGCUCGCGCUAUCGCCAAGGCGCUUACUGGCUCAGAAAUCUACUUCAACUGGGAUUCGGCCAGAACCCGGGAGGGUUACUACCGGUACCGUGGCGGCACCCAGUGCGCUGUCAACCGUGCUGUGGCCUUUGCGCCUUUUGCUGAUCUGAUUUGGAUGGAGAGUAAGCUUCCCGACUACGCCCAGGCCAAGGAGUUUGCCGACGGAGUUCACGCCGUCUGGCCCGAGCAAAAACUCGCCUACAACCUUUCACCCUCUUUCAACUGGAAGGCCGCUAUGCCCCGCGACGAGCAGGAAACCUACAUCCACCGCCUCGGACAGCUUGGUUACUGCUGGCAAUUCAUUACACUUGCCGGUCUCCAUACCACCGCCCUGAUCUCCGACCAGUUCGCCAGAGCGUAUGCCCAGAACGGCAUGCGCGCAUACGGCGAGCUUGUCCAAGAGCCGGAGAUGGAGCUUGGCGUCGACGUUGUUACCCACCAGAAAUGGAGUGGUGCCAACUAUGUCGACGAGCUACUGAAGAUGGUCACCGGUGGUAUUAGUAGCACAAGCGCCAUGGGCAAAGGUGUGACGGAAGAUCAAUUCAAAUAG